UUUAAUUAAAGUUCAAAUUUGACUAAAAGCAAACGGCGAACGACCGCAUCUAGGUUUUCCUAUUACUACGGGGACCGGCCUCCGCAUUUGAGAGUCCGAGUCGGACCAUCUCUAUUCUCUACAACUCUCUGCUGAGUCCGAGUUGGAGUUGGAUCCGUGUUCUUUUUUCUGGCAAGACUGAGAAUUGUGCGCAUCCAUCUGUUCUAGAUCCGUGGAUCUACUGGCUUGCACAAACACUAUCAAAGAUGUCGGUACUAGAACAGUGGGCGGAAGAAGACUGUGCAAUCUUGUUCUCCGACAAGGUUCACAUGUGCAAAAAAGACUUCCACUAUGAUAUGUUGCGGUAUGUCUUCACGGAGACAGAAGAGCAUUGUAUAGUUGACUUGUUCAGAACAUGGAGCAAAACCCUCACAGCUGCCAGGGUUAUCAAUGCCAUUCCCAUUGAGGAGCACAAGGACAUAUUUGUUCUGUCUGCACGGCCAUUUGCUCAAAAAGCUGUCAAAGAGUUUGCUAAACAAAUUGGUGCUACUGCCAUUGAAGGAGACAACAGCAUUGAAACUUUUGCUGCUAAGCUGCACUCAUCGUCUAUUAAGCCUCGCCUCCUCAUUGUUGCUGAUUCCAAAACUGAUCGCAAGGCUGUCGCAGAAGCUUUCUACUCCAACAUCAGGAUACCUGUCAUUGCAUUUGCUGAUGUGGAUGCUUCAAUGCGCUAUGUUGACAUUGGUAUCCCUGGAAAUCUCACAAAUAAGCGCUGCAUUGCUCGUCUUUUCUGGCUGUUAGGAAAGACAGUUCGUCGGACGAGGAAUCAAAGCUGGAGGGUUCCGAUUAAGCGAUUUGUCAGUGAUCUGGAUGAGGAGGGUGAGGUCUCUGUGGAAUUUGCGGAGCAAGAAGAAAGGGAAAGAUCUGUAAUUACAUCCAUUAGCGGGGAUCUGUCUCAGCUCUGUCAUCUUGUUAUUGACGCGAAUGGAUGGACUUGGGUUGGACCAAAGGGACCACCUGGUGAGUAUGGACCAAGAGUGAUUCUGGAUACAGAUGAUAUGUUUACUUGGGAUUUGGGCCGCGUGCCUGAUUUUCAUCGGUUGACCCGUGAGGAAUCAAAUCGGACCUUUAUUUGGGGAGAUGCCCAAUGAAUGUAUAAUGUAAUAGUGUAUUGUUUUGAUUGCUACUCAGUGUAAUUUAAGUUAUGAAACACCUAUGUAUACAAAGUUUGUAUCAUUGUAUGCAUGUCCGUUUGGUUAUCAUGAUCAUGUAUACUCCGUAUAAGUUAUGAUAAAACGAUUAUUUAUCUAUGUCAGUGAUGAGUUUUGAUUGGAAUGAACCGAUCCAUAGUAACCCUAUGA